UACCGUGGUGUACGUGGCUUUACCGUGGUGUACGUGGCUUUAUUGUGGUGUUACCAGGACCAGGAGAAUUGAGAGAGAAAUCCCCUUCUCUCUCUCCCACCGAAUUACACGCCAUUGCUCUCUCUCUCUCUCUGGAAUGAAAUCCUCAACGCCAGUGCUCCUUGAAUCAGAGCCAGCGGAGUUUCAGGCGGUGUUGGAGGUAGCCGACGAAAAUCCGAUCAGAGGUAGUGUUGCUGGUACAGACUCUUUCGAAUCGUCGGCCGAGCCAUUUGUCAUUAUCGUCUUUCACUCCUCCAACCGGUGGCAACUUCGCUUUGGUUCUAAAAUAAUUCCCUAAGCUGGCUCCUGUACUUUUUCAAGGAAGGAGUCAUUCAUUGAAUCUUACCAAUAGCUUGGUAAACUCUCCUUCGUAUCCGACUUAGUGCAUGUUGACUCUACAUUGAAAGAAAUUAAAAUUGUUCAAGGCUUAAUUGAUUAGUGGUGAAAUAAAAAUGUAUAUUUUUAGAUUUAACUGCUUUCUUUUGGGUGUUAUUUUGCGGUUGUGGUUCGAUUUUUGAUUAUUUUCAGCUGUUGGUUGUUUUAAUAGGUCUGCAAUUGCAGAGGUAGGGAGGACGAAAGGGAGAAAAUAUCCCUGCCAGAAAUGGGAAGCGAUGGGAUGAUGGGUACAGUUUUGGAAUUUUACUCGAAGGUCCAGAUUCACGUCAUACGUCUCUCCUCACGUAGAGAAGGUUUCUUUAUUAUAAGACCAGAGGUGCGACCAAUUUCAGAGUUCUUGGCUUUUUGUAGAUCGUUAUGUUGUGAUCGGCGGCCAUCGACAGCCAGGUGAUCCACUCAAAUAAAUUGGGGCUUCUCAAGUUUAAAGUUUAUUUUUUGUGAAGGCGUUGUUUUAAUUUUGGUGUUUGUGGUUUUUAGUAGCUUCUGCAUGUCUUCGCUUGGUUUCUCUUUUUGAUAUGUGUUUAUGGUGUUUGAGUUCUUUCUUUGUAGUAUUUCUGUUCUGGUAUUAGGUUAAACUGAUAUUCCUUCUACAAAAAGGUGCAAUUUCAAGCAGAUCAACGAAAAUUAGAGUUAGGUUUCCCAAUUCUCAUCAGUUUACUACUUUCCCACUUCCUAACUCUACUACAUAACCGAUGGUGGAUUAUUGGGCAAUAGAGUUCUCUAGCAUUUCAUUUCCUUCAAGUACUACUUGGUUUUUAGGAGGGCCUGAUAAAUAUGAGGUUCAGCCGGCUGAUAAGUAUGCAAUUCAACAGAGGUCUACCUGCGGGCCAUUAGGCGGGAACAAAAGUUAUGAAUUUCAAUGUGCUAAGCAAAUUUAGAACAUCUCCCUCCCUCUCAAACCUCUUCUUUGCAAGGCGUCUCAACCCAGUGCAAUUACAGGAGAGAGUACUUGUUAUAGUGGGUGUUUUCCUGUUUUGCGAAAUUGUUAGUGGUUUUUGCUCUUCAUUUGUGUGAAUCACCUAUUUGGGUAAUUCUCACUUCACCUUAGCUACCAUGGAGACACUUCGCUUAGUUGACUUAUAUGGGAAACAAAGUAAUAAUAGUCACUACAACCAGCCGCUACCCGACAAACAAACUCAACGAUCGACUGCUAGAAUAGACUAUUCUUUUUGGUUAUUUAUUUGCAGUUCGUUUGGUUUAAUUUGUUGACAUAUCGACUGCUAUAAUAGUUUGGUUACAAAUUUGAGAUAUCUCUAAGCAAGAAUAUUUUUUUGUUUACAGCUCAUCCCUUUUCAUUAAGCCAUGCUGAGUUCAUCCCUUCGAGGCUCUAUCGGUGUUUGGUCCUCUUCGCAUCUCCAGCCAGAUUUAUUGGAAAAUGCUACAUUUAGAAUGGAGAUUUUAACUCCAGCAUUUCCCCAUCUCUUCGUUCCAAUUGGUGCUGCUGCUGGCGCUGGAUGUUCAGCCGCUGCACUAAUCCAGGCAGCUACUAGGAGUUGUUUCUUUGUGGGCUUUGCAGCUCAGAGGAAUUUUGCGGAGGUAAUUGCAAAAGGUGAAGCUCAGGGAAUGGUGAGCAAAUUCAUUGGUAUCGGGCUCGGUAUAGCAUUAGCUAACUGCAUUCAGGGAUCUACACCUCUUGCUCUUGCUUCUUUUGGUGUGGUAACUUGGAUACACAUGUUCAGAAGCAGCAAACCGUUCAGAAGAACUUCUCGCUCUACCUCCAGAUAAGAAGAGCAAAAAGGGAGAGCACAAACCAAGCAGCUCAACCUCCACCCUAGCAAUCAACACCCUAGCAAACAGCAGCCCAACAAAACACACUCCAGCAACUGAAGAAACUUCCAACAGCCCCAACAAGAACAAGUAGUCAGCUUCCAUAAUCUCCUGAACGCCACCAAAGACAGGAACAUAUCUAAACUAUGACUUCUACAUGUAACUUUUCUAUGAUAAAACACUUGGUCAAACUAAUGCAUGUAACUUCUGCUCUGAUCAAGUACAUGCAUAAUAUUAGGAAGAACCAGAAAGAGAUCUCCACAACGGGCAUGACAGACGUGCUUGGCACGUCACCAUGCAUCU